CCAUUGGCUUGAGUGGAGCAGCAGCACCAGUUCAUCUGUUCCCCGACGUCAUUCCGCGUUUUGUCGUCAUUGCAAGCACAAGUUUCUGUGGCCCAUGCAUGCAGGGACUCUGACUAACCACAGAGGACUGGCUCAUGAGCCUUUACACUGCGGGUGUGAGAAUUUCCGCUUAACAACAGGAGAGAGAAGGGGAGAUACUAUUCAUCUGUCGAGAGACUUUUGCCAUUUUUCCUUUUGUAGAGUUGGAGGGAUGAAAUUCAGGGUCCAUGGACGAUCCAAAUGCUCAUUGGCUACCAAGGUCGGAUUUGGAUUAUGCUGCGAUGUUGGUGGGGACACCUCCCAUCGAGGAGUGGUUUCUUGGAAGAAGAUUGCUUCUUCCACUGACGGCUGCAGCGUGUGUGCGCUGGUCGGCGUUGCGCAAUUGACCGGAUAUCGGCACGCCGUCAGCGGCCAUCGAAACGGAGCGAAGAUCUCGCCGUUACCCAUCAUCCGUCGAAUACCCGAACCAGACCCCCGUCAGCCCAGAAUCCCUGGCGAAGUUCAGUAAGUAGGUGGAUGCAAGAGUUGUCCACCGCCGGCCCGGCGCCUGGGCAAUGCUCAGGUAGUCGGAGAUGGAGCAACCCCCCCGAGAAAGGGCCCGUUCGCCUCCAAGACUCCUCCAAGACGCCCACCUUGGGAGGGGAAAGAAGCUUUUCUCAUAGUUUAACACUAUUGCCGAAU